AUGCUACCGUCUGGCAACACCUGCCACCGUCCCCCAACACCUGCCACCGUCAGGCACCCACGCCGUCUGCCUCCUACCAGCACCUGCUGUCACCUAUCACCACCGUCACAAGCACCUGCCACCGUCCCCCAGCACCUCAACCGUCCCCCAACGCCUGCCACCGUCCCCAGCGCCUGCGCAAAUCCCCAGCGCCUGCUGCAGCCCCCAGCACCUGCUCGGCCGCCGUCUGACGCCUGCCAUCUUGCACCUGCGCCGUCUGACGCCUGCCGCCAUCCCCCAGCUGCCUGCACCGUCCCCCGCCUGCCGCAUCCCCACACCUGCGCCGACCCCCAGCACCUGCCACCGUCUGACACCUGCCACCGUCCCCAGCACCUGCCACCGUCGUCCCCCAGCACCUGCCACCGUCCCCAGCGCCUGCCGCCGUCCCCAGCACCAACCAUCAGCCCCAGCACCUGCCACUCCCCAGCACCUGCCGCCGUCCAACCUGCCACCGUCUGUACCCACCACCGUCCCCAACACCCACCACCAUCCCCAGCACCUCCGUCACAACGCCUCCUCCAACACCUACCAUCCCCAGCACCUGCCACCGUCCCCCAGCACCUGCCGCAGUCCCCCAGCACCAGCCAUCAACCCCCAGCGCACCACCAUCCCCAGCACCUGCCGCCAUCACCUGCACCACCGUCCCCCAGCACCUGCCAUCACCAACGCCUGCCGAUCCUCAGCACCUGCCACCGUCUGCGCAGCCACCAUCUGCCCUCUGCCGUCCUCCAGCAGCCUGCAGUCCUGACACCUGCCUGCGUCAUUCGGCGCCUGCCGCGUCCCCGGCACCUGCUGCAGCCCCAGCACCUGCCACCGUCCCCUGGCACCUGCCGCCAUCCUGACACCUGCCACCGCCCGGCCACCUGCCACCGUCCCCAACACCUGCCACCGUCCUCCAGCACCCCACCACCGUCCCCAACACCUGCCAUCCCCAGCACCUGCAACCCCCAGCGCCUGCCACCAUCCCCAGCACCUGCCACCAUCCCCAGCACCUGCCGUCCCCAGCACCUGCCACCAUCCCCCAGCACCCACCGCCGUCCCCCAGCACCUACCAUCAGCCCCAGCACCUGCACCGUCCCCCAGCACCUGCCACCGUCCCCAGCACCCACCACCAUCCCCAACACCUGCUACCGUCUGCACCUGCAUCCCCAGCACCUGCCACCGUCCCCCAGCACCUGCACCGUCUGGCACCUGCCGCAGUCUGACACCGACCGUCGGCCCUGA